GGGCCACAGACUUUGAAACUGUUCAGUCUACAGCUUCAGCUGGGGCGCAGAGGACGACGUCACCACAUCUGUGUGUCAGUCCAUGGAAGGCAGCUGAAGACGACAAGUUAUAAGUGGCAGAAACUGCUAAGUGGCAGAAACUGCGCAGUUCUCCCUGUAAGCGUUGAAUGUUUCUACGCAACUGUGCUAGCAGAGGGUGGAAGCGCUGCAGGCUGGCGCGAAGCCCCUUUAUCAACAUCAAACGUACGGAGGCACUCGCUUGCAUUUGUUUCCGGAGUUGCUCAGAAAGAACUGCAAGCCUCACAGAUCGUUACAGCCGGACAGACCAGCAAUAACAACAGCGCUAUAGCAAGAGCAAAGUCAGAAGCUGGAAACGCGAAGACCCUGGGCAGAUACAGACAAGAGAACAGUCCGAAUAACCCCAAAUUUGAGAUCUGCCGCCAGUCCUGUUGCGUCUUUAUAGACCGUCAACUGCUGUAAGCAUGACAUCGGCAACUGCUGCAAGUAUGAAAGCGCCUGUGCCAAACACCCUGAACGCCCUCUUCCCUCCCCUCUCGCGACCCCCACCGGACAAACCCCUUCCUAUUGACCCAAGCGAGCGGCCGGCAAUCUGUCAAGAGGAGUAUGUGCACAACUUUGCGUUUGGGUCCAAUAUGGGGCCUGAGAAGGUCAAAGCGCGGGCAGGGGGCAUCGAGUUUGUCUCUGCAGAGCCCGGGUUGGUCCGCGAUUACCGGUUGGCAUUCAACCUGGGUGGUGUCCCUCCUAUUGAGCCGGUCAUGGCUGGCAUUGAACCGGAACAGGGAUCGGUGAUACAUGGUACCCUCAUCAAGCUCCCCAGAGCACAGUACGAAAAGCUGUACAAAAGCGAGGGGGGCGGAGCGGGCAAGAAGCGCGCAUACCUCGAGGAAGAGGUGACGGUGGAGACUUACAGCGGCAAGCAAGUGCAGGCUGUCGCGUUCCGCACGGCUCCCCGCAUCGCGUUGCCACGUCACCUCGAAGUUCCCGCCUCCAAGCGCUACCUAGACCUUCUUGUGGAGGGCGCAAAAGCGAUUGGGUUGGACAAAGAUUACGUCAGGAGGCUUGAGGAGCUGCCACGUGCCCCUCCCGCCAAUGGGAUCGAGAAAUGGAUCAGCCGCUCGUUCGCGAUGUUCUUCUUCUUCUGGGCGGUCCGCCAGCUACCCGGGAUGUCCGCCGUUUACUUUGUCAAGCUCGUAGCGUUUUUUGUGUACCAUUACAGGGAGGUCUGUCGGCAGUCGACGUCCCCAGCGUUGCAACUGCUCGCCUACCCGUUGCUAUUUAUCAUGUUGCUCAUUAUGUUGCCCGGGAGUUUCAUCGGGGUGGGGAUAAGAUUAGCCCGCACUUGCAGCUCCUAUGUAGACAAGGGUUGGAAGAGGAUCAAGGUGGUUGUUCCGGAACGGGAAGCAAAGGAGCUCAAAUGA